AUGGCUCGAGGACCAGAACUUUGUGGCGUGUCACUGAUGCGGCUGACGUGUGUGGCUGGGAUACUAGCAUUGUUGUUUUGGAGUGAAAGGAUAGUAGUGUUCAUGAGUGUCGAACAAGACAACAUACACCAAGAACAUGCGACACAGGGUGCCAAGACGAUUUUGCCCAAAGAUGGUUUGACUGUAGACAGCGAGAAGAACGAUCUGCCCACAGAGGCAGCAGGAACGAAGAUGAGAGCAAAAAAACUGGGCAAAAUACCCCGUCGGAAGGAGAAAGUUAAUCCGCACGAUUUUCACUACAUCAUCAAAGAAGAAAAGUUUUGUGAAAAGCUGUCAGAGCCACCGUACCUGUUGGUGUUGAUAUGUUCUUAUCACGACAGGGAGUAUUCGAGAUUAGCAGUAAGAGAGACGUGGGGAAGCGUGUCCCAGUCUCAAUCAUGGGUGGACGGAAGACCUCUAAAUCAAGCAGUCAAAAUACUGUUCUUCGUCGGUACCCAUAUAGUCUCAUCGUGGAACAAGAAAAUCGCACACGAAAGUCAAAUCCAUAGCGACAUCAUUUUAGAGGAUUACACAGAAAGUCCUUUCAAUGCGUCUAUAAAAACAAUAGGCGCAUUUAAGUGGGCAGCAGCUUUCUGUCCUCAAGCGAAAUACGUACUUAAAGUGGAAGAAGACGUGUUUAUUGAUAUCCCCAAAGUACUUGAUAUUCUCAGUCAUUCUAACACAGUGUACGGAGCGCGCCAUGCCAAGUUUUCUGUCCAACGCAACGGGCAGUGGGCGGUGCCUUACAGCGUCUUCCCUUUUGAGACCUUUCCCCCUUUUCUUGGCGGGCCAGCGUACGCCAUGUCGCUCGAUCUGGCAAAACGGAUUUACGAGGCGUCGGAAUAUUUCCCGAUGAUUGUUUUAGAAGAUGCUUACGUUACUGGCGUUCUCAGAGAGGUAGUUGGAGCGGAAAUUAAACAGUUUGAGGAAUUUGGAAAUUGGGGGUCAAGGCAACCUUCAUCAUGCGAUGUUGCCCAGGGUAAAGUUAUUGCUGGGAAUAGACUCGAAGCAGACGACAUGUUAUUUUUGUGGGAAGAUCUCAAGGAUUCUCAUUUGAGGGAGAAGUGCGGUUAA